CAUAAACCCCACAUACAAAGAUUUGAUUUUUAUGAUUUACAUAAACCCCACAAAGAUUUGAUUUUUAUGUAUGUAUGAAACUGAAAAAACAUGAUGGAACUUAAACCCUUUAAUUUAGUUCCAUCUACAAAGCAACCACCAGGUUUAAAUCUAUUUCCAAGUCUCAAUCCACCUGAAAAAACCUUAACUUUCCACAAAUUUUUAGUCCUUUUCCUUACAUUUAUAGCAUAUGCAGCUUUUCAUGCAUCUAGGAAACCACCAAGUAUAGUAAAAUCAGUUCUUGGACCUGAGAUUAAAGCUAUUAAUGGCACUGGAUGGGCCCCAUUUAAUGGUCUAAGUGGACCCCACCGUUUAGGGGAACUUGAUCUUGCAUUCUUGUUAGCAUACUCAAUUGGGAUGUAUUUUGCUGGUCAUAUUGGUGAUAAUAUUGAUUUGAGAGUUUUCUUGAGUGUUGGGAUGUUGGGUAGUGGGCUUUUGGUGAUUGCUUUUGGUUUAGGUUACUUUCUUGAUGUGCAUUGGCUUGGGUUUUUUCUAAUUGUUCAGGUUUUAUGUGGGCUUUUUCAGUCUAUUGGUUGGCCUUGUGUUGUUGCUGUAAUGGGAAAUUGGUUUGGGAAAGCUAAAAGGGGUUUGAUAAUGGGAGUUUGGAAUUCAAAUACAUCUGUUGGUAAUAUUAUUGGUUCUUUAGUUGCUUCAUCUGUGUUGGGAUUUGGUUGGGGUUGGUCUUUUUUAUUGCCCGGGAUAUUCAUUUUAGUUGUGGCGGUAUUGGUUUAUAUGUUUCUUGUUGUGAGUCCUGAUCAUAUUGGUCUUGAAUUGGAUUCGAAGGAGAUUGAGAUGAAUGUGGAGGGAGUUGCAUUGGUGGGUCCGGAAACGGGUGAAGCUGAAGAGGAGGGGGGAGUUGUGGGAUCUGAAAUGGAGGAGGGUGCUGGUGCGAUCGGGUUCUUGCAAGCCUGGAGGUUACCAGGAGUGGCACCGUUUGCGUUCUGCUUAUUUUUCUCUAAGCUAGUGGCCUACACUUUUUUGUACUGGUUACCGUUCUACUUAAGGCAUACAGUUGUUGCUGGUGUGCAGCUGUCUCACAAAAGUGCUGGGAUCCUUUCGACAAUUUUCGAUAUUGGAGGAGUCGUCGGAGGGGUUUUGGCAGGAGUUACAUCCGACAUAAUCGAAGCUCGUGGGGUUACUUCCAUUGUAUUCUUGUUGUUAUCAAUACCGGCUCUUCUUUUUUAUCGCUUAUACGGGAGUGUAUCUAUGUUUACCAACAUUUCUUUGAUGCUCAUUUCUGGUGCACUCGUCAAUGGUCCUUAUUCGCUUAUUACCACAGCAGUUUCAGCAGAUCUUGGUACUCAGAGCCUGAUAAAAGGGAACUCACGUGCGCUAGCUACUGUGAGUGCAAUUAUAGAUGGUACUGGUUCGGUGGGGGCCGCUCUCGGGCCACUUUUAGCUGGAUAUAUUUCGACUAGGGGAUGGAACAGUGUGUUUGUUAUGCUAAUUCUUUCAAUAUUCAUUGCAAGCCUAUUUUUAAUCCCUAUUGUGAAAAAUGAGAUCAAAGGAAAGCUGAAUGAAGGGAAAUGGCUUUGGAUCAGCAUGAUUAAAAGGUGAUUCAGAACCUCUUGAAGGCAAAACUACCUCUAUUCGAUUAUGAAAAUGGUUCAUGAUUUGAACCUUUGAGUAGUUCAGCAGUUCACUAUUGUUUGUAUAGAUUCUUAGAGCUCCUUAUUGAGAAAUGAGGAACUCAAUAUUGGAUUCCUGAAGCUGUCAUUCAUGCAUGCCCUUUUCUGGGUUGCGAUUUUCACACAGCAGAGAGAUUACUUUUUUUUUUCUGGGAUCAGUUAGUACAGCAUAGUGGAUACUUAUACAUGGUUGUUCAUUACUGGCAAGCUGACUUACGUGUAUAUUUCCUGUGCCUUCUGGUGUUUUCUUAUAGCAAAAGGUGAAUGUAUUGCUGGUUCGUUGAAACUAUUUCCUUCUCAAUGUAUAAUUCUUCCAAUCUUUUCUUUUGCACAGUGCAUUGUGCAGUUUUGUAUUAGAAGCAUCUCUCCAUCCCCUCUUUCUUGGUCUAUCUAUAUAUCUAUAUGUGAGCUCUGCUUGACUCUUGAUAUUUCACAUAAAACAUGGCCGUGGCUAUCCACAGGAUCAGUCAAUUGAUUUCCAAACUUUGCGUGUAGAAAGCCAGAAUUGUUGGUGUAAUUAGGUAUGACAAAAAUGUGGCCUCUUAUCAAGAGGCGGAAAUUUGUUGUGUCCAUCAGUAGGACAAUGUGGGAAGCUCCGGAUAUGUUCAGCUCAAGAUCUCUACCUGUCAGCCUGUUGCUCAGCUACUUGACUUGCUAUAUGCAUGUAUUAUGUAAAUCCAGGAAUCGAUUUCCAAUUAUGGUUUCUUAUGGUUGUAGCUCUUGUAUUGCCUGUAUCUCAUAAAAUGAUCUUCAGUCUGAUUUUAAUCAUCAUGGAGUUCAUUGUGAUACCGAGGUGUGCUAUCAAAGACAGCUUUUUUGUUGUCUCAAGUAAAUUUGCUUUUGUUGAAAGCAUAUUUCUCUUUUUCUACGAUUUGGGUUUGCCUGGAAGCCUAUAGAUAAGUUUCUUUACCUGCUUCGGAAUAUAUCAAUUUUGAAGGAGGAAGGUGCUAUUCCAUUCAUUUUGUUGUGAUGUUUCGGUGAAAGCUGGUGCAUGCAGGAAUCUAGUCAAUAUGCUUCAAUAUUUUGAGGAUUAUAUUUUGGAUCCACGGAAACAAGAGGUGAGGGCUUAAAGAAUAUAAGUUUGACAACAACACAGAUACAAGAAAAGAACACUUUGAGUCAAAGAUGGUGUUUCUAGCUACAAGGGGCUGAACCAAGACAAUAAAUUACAGCAAAGUACAGAUUUGGUUGUAUAUGCUUAUAAAGCAUUCCGUGUAUGUGUGUUGAUCAUAUUUCCUUCUAUUUGUGACAAUCUGGUGUUUCCAAGGCUGUAUCUGAAACUUUAGACAUAAGCAAGAUCAUCCGUGGGCGGAUUUAGAAGGUAGCUGUGUGUGACUGCAUUUUUUUGGGCUUAAUCCCCAGUUAAAACUGGUUUUUACAACUAGCAGUGUGUUUGUUUUCCUA